UGCAAGACUAUUCAUCAAAACAAAAUGGAUAGAAGAGAAUUUGACAAUGAUGACGACGAUGAUGAUGUUGACACUGAUGAGGAUGAUGAAGAGUUAGAGUUAGAGUUAGAGAAGGAAGAGAAAUGGAAGAAGCAUUACUCAUCAAAGCAAAGGAUUCUCCUUGUUGGAGAGGGUGACUUCUCUUUCUCUCUCUCUUUGGCAAGAGCCUUUGCUUCUGCCCACAACCUCGUUGCCACUUCCCUCGAUUCCAAAGAGAACAUUGGAAAAAAGUACAGUAAUGGGUUGAGUAAUGUGAUGGAGCUUGAAGAAAGAGGUUGUCUCGUCCUUUACGGUGUUGAUGCUAAGGAAAUGAAUCAACACUUCUUUCUCAAGACUCAGAGGUUUGAUCGUGUUGUCUACAACUUCCCUCAUGUUGGCUUUCUAUAUCCAGAGAAUAGUUACUGCCAGAUCCAGUUGAACAAAAGAUUGUUGAAGGGUUUUUUGGCAAAUGCCAAAGUUCUAGUGAAGAAAGAGGGAGGGGAGAUUCAUGUAACGCACAAGGAGGGUGAUCCAUACAACAAAUGGGAUCUGGUAAAGAAGGCAGAAAAGAGAGGACUUGUCUUGCAACAAGUUGUGCCAUUUUUCAAGGAUGAUUAUCCUGGUUAUGACAACAAGAGAGCACAUGGAAAAUCAUCUGAUGCAUCCUUCCCUAUUGGGGAAUCUAAUACUUACAAGUUCAAGCUCCAAACUUCUCUCUGACACUGAUAGUAACUGGUUGAAAUUAAGUGUUGGAUUUCAUGUGGAAGAUCAAAGUCAUUUUAAAAGACCUCUUCUUUUCAAGGGGUUGUUUUGCUUUGUUCUUUGUUGCAAAUUGUGUUCAACUUCACUACAAGAUGUGAAUCUUUUAACUCAUGAACCCAGGUAAGAAAGUAUUGAAUGAUUAAGGGGAUAGCGGAAGCCUUAAAUCCCUGAAAUUCAACCCAAU